AUGCUUGAAGCAGUGAGCGUGCUUGACCCAGCCAUGAAGAAUGUGGUUCAUUUCUUUGAGCAGUUUCAACACAAAGGACAUACCUGUCUAGUGUUUGAAAUGCUGGACAGGAGUCUUUUACAACUGCUCAGCGAACAGCAAGGGACGCCACUCUCUCUCCAUGAGAUACGGCCAAUAACCCACCAGUUGCUGAUGGCCUUGGAUGCUCUGAAGGGCAUUGGUGUGGUUCACUCAGACCUGAAGCCAGACAAUAUAAUGCUGGCAAACCAUCUGAGUGAGCCCUUCAGAAUAAAACUGAUAGAUUUUGGCGUGUCGUUCGGUGUCCGAGAAGAGGUAUUUGGGAAGACAAUUCAGCCUCUGGGUUACAGGGCACCUGAAGUCACCCUGGGCCUCCCCUUCUCCGAGGCCAUAGACGCUUGGAGUCUAGGCUGUGUGCUCGGGGUCUUGUACCUCUGCAAACACCUGUUUGCGAUAGACUGCGAGUACCAGUCAAUGAGGGGCAUUGUAGACGUCCUGGGCCAGCCAGCUGACCACCUUCUCUGUGCUGGGAAAUGCACACAAAAUUUUUUCAAGGUGGAAAAGCACUUGGACAGCCCAAGAUGGUGGAUGAAGACCCCAAGGGAAUACCAGCUUGACACUGGAAUUGAGCCGAAAACAUGGGACACAACAAUCAGAAGUCUGGAUGACCUGAUAACACACAACCCAGACACACGGGAAUCCAUUGAGCUGGAGGAUCAGAGAGCCUUUGUCAGCCUCCUGACAUGCCUUCUAGAUACAGACCCAGAGAAGAGAAUCACUCCGGGGAAGGCUCUCGAUCACCCCUUUGUAACAAUGGUCCAUCUGGAAGAUGAAAUAGACACCAGCUUUUAUGUUGAAGAUUCUUUAGAGAAAAUGAGGAUCUUACCAAUGGACAACAUGGACCUAUUUCUUGACUGUGCGGCUGAGGAAGAGCCCAAAGAGGAAGAGCCUUCGGCCAUACCUCGUCAUACAGACGCAGGCUCAGUCCUUCCUGGCUCCUGUGAUGGCAUUAAAAACAUGCCUCAGUCUUCUGAAGGAGCAGAAGCUGCUGCAGGAAUAGACACUACUGGCUCGGCUAUAAAGGAACCAACUGUUAGCCAAGGUGCAACCAGUCCAGCUGAGGAUGCAUCGGCCAGUGGCGGGUCACCCGAUGAAAGUCUGCCUGCUAAAGUCAAGAAGAGCCCGCUGAAGAGAGUCCGAAAAUUCUUUGGCAGGGCAAUAAGGACCAUUUUACGACUGAAAAAACAUGGGGAGCAUCCCAUGGUGGAUGUGUUUGAUAUGGCCAGGCUGCGGCUCCAAGCUCCAGUCCGAAGGCCCAACUCCAGAAACAUGGAUCCCAGAAACCUGCUGCGAAUCCACGACUCCCUUCAGCUUAAAUACGAGUCAGAUGGGAAGUCCAGGCUGGGCUCCAGUGAGGUUCCAAAGCUGGAGGAAGUGGGUGUGACCAGCAGGAGAAGGCAUGACUACAGGGAUCCAAAUCGCCAGUUCAGCAGCCAGAGGUCUACAGUUCAGGACGAUUAUCUUGACCUGUCUCCACCACAGCAAAAUGAUUAUCUGAAGAGUGUGAUGGGGGGAUCUGCAAGAGGUUCUCUGCUGGAGUCAGAGAGUGCAUUCAUUGACCCCCUAGGUGAUGCCUUUCCAGUCCCCCGCACCCCAGAGUUUGAGAAGACCCCCCAGCUGUCGGCCAGGGAGAGGAGGAGGCUGGCCAAACAGUCACAGCACCCUCUGGAACGAGCUGCUUCCAGCCAGUCCACUGGCCAAGAUGACUACUCCACUCACACAGGUAACAGGCUGCAGCAGGAGCAAGGAGGUGAAGGAAGGAGCCGGGUACAGGACAGGUCGUCUGAUGGCUCUCAGUCGUCAGGAUACACUGCGGACCAGUGGAUCGGUCUGAUGACUCCUUCCUCCUCAAUUUUCUCUCCACAAUCUUAA